AACACUCGUCUAAUGGGGUGUGUCUACGAGAAAGCGUGCAGAUGUAGGAAAAGAUGGGAAAAUCGAGUGAAAUAAAGACAGGAUUUAAAUGCGAGAUACUAAAAAUCCCUUUACAGAUGACUUCUGUUUUUACAUGUAACAUUUACGUGUUUUAGAUCCUGAAAAAAAUACAAAGUAAUAUCAGCCAGAGAUCACCUGAGGAAAUAUAAAACUGAUUUUUUAAAUUAUGUUAUUUAUUAGAGAGAAAAAUACUGUCCAAACUAAACUUGGUCUUAUGUGAAAAUGUAACUAAACCUAAUACCACCCUUGCACGAACGGCCGUUUGUGAUAACUGUCAAUCACCGUGGAGGAAUUUUGUGAAGCUCCUCUUUGCAGAACUGCUUGUGUUCACCCAACACUUUGGACAAACUUCUGACUAGUUCACCACAAAACCUCCAUUUUGGUUGUUAUGAGCCAUUCAGAUUUGGUUUUCUCAGCGUGUUGGUUAGUAUGUGUGGCGUUAUUUGCUACAUUUUCCUCCAGAGGAUGCUAACGAAAAAACGAAAGUCGUAUAAAUCAGCUUCCGGCCCACGAAGAAGAAGGCGAAGACGUGGAGUCGCAUCAUUCUUCAUCCGGCAAGACGUGCGACGGGGAUGCGUGGUUUGUACACCAUGUUAAGUGGCGCAUCAGUCAAACGCCCACUUUUACCACUGUUCCUGAUCACUGUUUAGCGAACAGGAAAGGAUUUCCGGUUUGUAUGUCAUUAUGUUUCAUUUACAUUGCCAGCGCUGCAUCACGUAAUAAACUCAGAUUGCUCUGUCAUGUUGCCUCUUUUUCACAUCACUCCAUCCAAGUGGAAAACUCUUCCCACUCCGCCCGUCGUCCUUUUUACCGUGCUCAUUGUCCGGCGGACUGUUAGGAAACGCACCCAGACAUCCAUGGGCUCUGUGUUGUUAUCUUGCAGUUGUUGUGAUUGUUGUUCCAGCCGACAGGAGCGUUUUGCUGCUGAGUAUGCCGGCUGGCUGUCGGCUCGUUUCUGCUCGUCGAGGUGCACGGUCGCUGUGUGACAUGCUGAGCGUGGACUCGUUACAGGUGGCUGAGGAAGAGGUGGUGGAGUCCAGCUCCAGCAAACUCUCUGACAUUUACACUUUUGUGGCCAAAGGCAGCCUCCCUCAGUCAAUGAAUCCUUUACAGAAGAAGAAUUUCAAAAGAUACGCCCAGAAAUUCAUCUUUGAUGAGGGAAAGCUGUAUUAUGUAGGACCCAAAAAGGAUGAGAAAAGGGAAGUGGUGAUCGAGGCUGAGAGGAAGAGGCAGAUUUUCCUCGAUUGCCACUUCAAUGAUAUCGGACAUCACCUGGGCCAGAAGAAGACCGUACACAGGAUCCAGAGCAAGUACUACUGGCUGGGUAUCAUCAAAGACGUGGUGGACUGGAUCAAAUUGUGUGAGACCUGUCAGCAAACAGAGAGGAACAAGAACCUGGCCCGGACUGUUCGGCCCAUUAAAGUGGACGCACCCUGGGAUAUUGUCGGGGUUGAUUUCAUAGGGCCUUUCACAGAAACUCAGCAUGGCAACAAAAGCGUGAUCCUAUUCAUUGAUUACUUUAGUAAAUGGCCAGAGGCUUUCCCCGUGCAAACGGCAGAUCCCCUGUCAGUGGCCAGAUGUAUCUGUAAGUGCAUAUACAGGUUUGGGGCCCCUAAAACAAUAGUGUGUGCACAGAAUCAUGAGUUCUGUGAUGAGGUGUCAAAGGUGCUGCAUGAGAGGUGGAGCUUGGUGCAGAGGGUGUCUCCUCUGGAUCAGCCCCAGCUCAACCCACUGCACGACUGCACGGGACCACUGCUGAAGGAGGCUGUGGUUCAGAUGGUGGUGGAGAAGCAGUCAGACUGGGAUGACUUUCUGGACCCAGUGCUCUUCCUCCUCCGAACCUCCAGCAACCCAACGACCAAGUUCACUCCGUACUUGCUCAUGUAUAGCAGGAAGGCUAAUUUACCCAAUGAGAGCACACUGGCCCUGCUGAAUUAUGACGACCCAGAGCAGGAUGCAUGUAGAGAGAAAGCUUCUACAUAUAUGGACCUAAUGCACGAGCAACAGAGUUCUGUUAAGCAGCUGGUAAUAGCCAAUAUGAACGCAGCCUACAAGCAAGAGAAGAAGAAGAACGCCAAACGCAGGAUGCAGACCACACCCCCUGCCACGUUAAAAAUGACAGAGCCCCUAUUUGCUGCAGUGGACUCGACGUCGGCCAAAAAAGUCAAAGAAAGCUUGUAUUUGUCGUUUCCUAUGGAGACGGUGUUGGCCACUGAGCCAAACAACUCUGAGGAUGUAAAGACUGAGCUGGAAUACCGCUUGGCUGAACCUGACGCCCACUGAGGAUGAUGACACAGGAGCAGUGUAUGACUGCACGUCACUUAGGGCUGCCUGGAACCUUACAUAAAAGGUUGACGUCAACAUGCAGUGGAAAAUGACUGGGACGAUCCCUGAGUUGCACCUUCAGUGCCUUGCAAAAAUACUCACACCCUACACCUCAGAUGUUAAAAUCCCAGUUAUCAGUCUAGAGAGAAAUGUAUCUUCCUAAAAUAGCUCAAACUGUCAGAUUAGAUGGAGUAUGCCUGUGAAGAGUAAUUAUGAGGUCUUGUCUCUCGAUUUUCAACUGGGUUUAGAUCUGGGCAUUGCCAUUCUAUCAUAUAAAUAUAUGUUGAUCUAAACCAUUUCAUUUUAGCUUUGGUUGCUUGUUGAAGGCCGCUGUCCGGCUGGAAAAGGAACCUUUGUAGCCUCUGACAUGCUUUUUACCAGGAUUGCCCUGUUUUUAGUUCCAUCUAUCUUUCCAUCAAUUCAGACGAGCUUCUCUGCCCAUAAAAAAAAAAAAAGCAUCCCCACAGCAUGAUGCUGUCUCCACCAUAUUUCACCAGUGGUGUAUUUAGGUUUAUGUACACUAUUAGGUUCCCAUACAUUACAUUUUGCAUGUAGGCCAUAAAGUUCUUUUUUCCUUGCUAUUUACCAUUACCAUUUGUGUGCACUGUUGUUCUGUGUUUAAAUCCCAGCCUGGGGUCUUUCUGCAGGUGUAGCUACUCCAGUUUCUUCCCACAGUCGAAAAACAUACCUGCUAGGUUCCUUGAUCUCUAUGAAAUGGACCUAGGUGUAGUUGCUGCUUUAAACCUCUCCACAAUGUUCUCCCCGACCUGUCUGCUGUGUUCCUUGGUCUUCAUGAUGCUGUUUGUUCACUAAUGUUCUCUAAUAAACCUAUACUGCCAUUACAAAACAAAUGUAAACAAAUGCAUGUUACACUUUUAAGAGUAUUAUUUGUAAAACAUUUUUAAAAUGUGCAAUAUUUUGUGUUAUCACAUAAAUUUGGGGGAAAAAAAUA